CCGCCUAGAAUCGAUACAGAAUCGUGAAACUCUCUCAGUCUCAUUCAAUUUCGUUAGUGUAUAGUUAAGGAAAAUGUGAAUGGUGUGCCGCGAAAAAUCGAUAGAACCCUUAGCCGUGGGUUUUUUUCCUUCGAGUAAAAUGCGGUCGAUUAAGUGAAGAUAAUUUGAAGUUGUUGGAGUAAAUAAGUGAUCACCGAGAAAAAUGGCAGCAGCUCAGGGAACACCAGAGUCCGAUGCUGGUAGUUUUGAAUGCUUUCAGAACUACACAGCACCUGAAGUUUUUAUCCAGGGACUAGCAGGAAUUGUUGAUCAGCAAGACGUCGAGUCUAUGAUAAGAGCGCAAAAGCAAAUGCUACAGAGAUUCGAAAAGACCAACGAAAUGCUCACCAACUGCAAUCAGCUGUCAGUGAACAGGCUGAAAUCAGCUGGAAUUGAGUUGAAAAAACACACUGCUCUGCUGGUGGAGAUGAAGAAGGAUUUGGAUUAUAUUUUUAAGAAGAUCCGAGUCGUCAGGAACAAACUCAAUCAACAGUAUCCACAGGCAGUUAAUGAGGCUGUGAGGAGCAGUCUAGCGGAGGAAGUCCUAGUAGAAGACAUUGAUCAGGGACCAAAGCCCCUGGAGCCAGAAAUUGUGCCACUCUCAACAGCACCAAUCAACGAGAAAGACAGAGACGCUGAUUCUGAUGUUCCACUCGAGGAGUUUCAAUUCGCAAAGCUGCGUAAACGACGAAUUAAGAGUAACAACAGCUCAUCCACGGAUAGCAACAACGAGAAUAGUAAUCUGGAGGAAACGUCGUCAGACACUGGUUAAUCUAUAGAAAUUCUCACUCAAAUCCUAGAGAAUUAAAAAAAAAAGAAUAAGUCAUAUUUCAACGAACACGAAGAAAAUUAAGGAUGUUUAUCCAAAAUCGCAAGUAUCCUGAUAAAAAUAUCGAUCCAGCCAUCGGCCGUUACUUUUUAAAGAUUAGAUGAACAAAAGUAAAAUGGCAAAUAUAUUUUUUCACUCCAGUCCUCCAAAUUUUAUGUUGCUAUUCUUCAAGUAUUCUAAUUAGUAAAUCAUCAAUUAGAAUAUACAAUAAGAAAAAAUGUUGAAUUUUUAUUGAAGGGAUAUAUUCAAGAAAUGGUUAAACAUCCUGUUUGGCACUCAAUCCGUGAGACACCAGAUAUUGUUCGUCAGUCGGCCGAAAAGAACUUUCCUCAGGAUUGUGUUUGCAUUCCUCGGCUUUACCUCGGACUGUGAAAUCACAAUCGCAAUCGCAAAGUUUCCAACGGCCUAUAACGAAAUGAAUCCCGGAAAAAAUAUCCCCGGAAAAAAUAUCCUCGGAAAAAAUAUCCCCGGAAAAAAUAUCCCCGG